GGGAUGAUCUCAGUUAUUGUCCUGCUGAUGCCUUCUGUGGGUGUACUGCUGAUUCCAGUGGCAGUUGUGUACUACAAGAUACAGUGCAUCUACCGUCAAGCGUCUAGGGAGGUUAAGCGCCUGGAGACAAUGACACGCUCACCCAUAUACACUGAGUUCAGUGACGCGGUGGAUGGGGCUGAUACUAUACGCGUAAUGCGGCUGUCAGAGCUGUCAAUGACCAGACAAGCCGCAAAGAUCACGCGCAACCAACGGGCCGCGUAUGUUGGUAUGUCUCUGUUGGUGUGUGGGAGUGGUAUGUCUCUGUUGGUGUGUGGGAGUAGUAUGUCUCUGUAG